CACAGCCGGAAACAACGCGCAUCUUAAGUUUACGUGCAAAACUUAUGGUGUCAUGGAGGAAGUGCAGAUCGGCUUCUCAUCAUCAGGAUAUCUUGAAGUACUGGUGGAGGUCCAACUGAGGGAUAAAGAGUUCCUCAAUCUCACCCUGUACGGCUGGAACAAUCGAAGCUCCCUCCAGCUACACCUUCCUGAUGAGGAAGAGGAGGAGAGGGAUGAAGAUCUCAUGGAGGCAUUUCACUGCUGUGUGCUCUCUGGGAGAGACAAGGUUAAGUCCUGCUUGCUCUGGAUCUCCAAUCAAACCCUCCUCGGCGCAGCAGACAGGGGGAUGAAACUGGAGCCAAGAGAUGACUGGCAUUCUGUGUUCAGAGUCCUGUGGCUGGUUCUGCUGUGUGUGGCUGUGUUGACCAUGGCUUCUGCGAUUCUUGGUCAAAUCUACAAGAAGGAGCGCAGACGCAAAAGAUCAAAGGAGCUUCGUGAUGGAGACUUUACUGGCAUGCUGCUGACAGAAAAAGGAAACUAUACCUCAAACCAGACUUCAAAAGGGAGGGCCGAGACUCACACCCCAGACUCUCUGAGGCUAGCAUCAGGUCUAGACCCCAUUCAAGAGGUUGAAGUUUCAGAGGACGUAGAAAUUCUGCUGGUUGGAAGCGACAGCUGCUAUGAAAACGCGUAUCUUCAUCACCGCAUUCAGUCCUCCUCCACCUCCGGCGACACAGAGGAGCAGAGCUGCUGAGGGACAGCGGAGAGAGAAAUGCAACCUGACAGCAGGUCUUCCAGAUCUGAACGUGUCUGACAUAAAGAGCAUGAUUUUCACUAGACGCAUUCGAUCAGGGUUUCCGUCUUUACUCACCUGUGUCCAACUCAGUUCUGAAGCAGUAAAUGUCAGACAGCACUGUAGGUGGUUUUGUAUGCAGGGCUGAAGCUACGCUGAUGCAUGACUGAGGACAUCUGACACAUGAUGGGAAGGUUGGCUAAUAUUUUUCGGCCCAAUAUCAACUGUGCCUACAGUCAUUUAUCUCGAUAAAAGCAGAGAGUGACAGAAAAGAAAAGGGGUGAUGCCAACCAGGGCUUUGACUCCAACUGACUGACAGACCAUUUCACCAUAUCACGCAGCAACAGCUUAACAUGACCAGAUCUGUGAGGGAGACCGUGAAUCAUCUGGAAGUUGAAAGGCUGGAUGUUGUCUCAACAGUAGAAUAUUGCACUGAAACACGUCUGAAUACACCUACAUACACCUAUGGGUUUUUUUUUCAACACAAAUCAAGACCAAGGUCUUAGAGAUAACAAUUACUUGUUAAAUGGUUCCAGAUAAUAUGUAUGUAACCUAUUCAGUAAUAUGUAUGCUUCAUCCCGAGUUGUGUGAAGACUUAUGUCAUUUAUGUACACUUGGUCACGUGAUCUGGGUUGGAAUAAACCUCAGACAUGGCUUCCAUGUAUGUGUCUAUGUCUCUCACUCAUGAGGGUCACGAGGAUAUAUUACAAUCAACAUCCAUUUUAUUCUGCUUAUCUGAGGUCAGGUCGCAAUGGCAGCAA